CCUCCAUCGGUCCCAACCGAAGUCAAGAAGCAGCGAGAGCGAGAGCGUGGCAGAAAACGACGUCAACAGUCGCGUUGCCAGGGCCAGACCGAGCGACUUCGAGAAGCCGACAGCCACGAAAGUGUCCGGCUGGUGAGCCAGGUCCAUCACACCGCGGCUGGUGCUACUGAUUGCCGUUCCCGCGAACACUCCCUUCUGGGCGAUCCUGCCGCAUCAUCGGCCGGCGGCCGGCGUCUCCUGCAGGGAAACUCGGAUUUCGAAGAUGCCAGUCUUGGCAACGAUACUUCCCUACACGAUUGCCCAUCUGCAGCGAACAUGUCGUUGGCUGUUCCGGUCGCGCAUUCCCCGAAAGAUACAGGACGAACGAGGAGUGUAUUCCACGCCGAGGCUGAUGGAACGGAGGAGAGAAGGAUGUUGGAGCGAACGACGUUUGAGUCUGCAGCUACUCCGGGACAUUCGAACCCGGACAAAGAGGUACAACCAGCAAUGGGCCGUCCGCGGAGAGACCCAGCCUUAUCGGAACGCGAACUCACACGACUCCGCGUGCAGGCCUAUCGUGCCCGCCAACACCUGUCAAGAAUACCACAGGCUGCACCAUCUCGGCAUGACAGCCUUUCACCCCCCCAGAUUGAUUCUGAAAAUCAGUGCUUCGCUCGGGAUACUUCAUGCCCUGCUCAGAACGGUCCAGCGACUUCGCCUGUUCCAUUGUAUCAAGCUGUCGAUGCACAGAAGGUAGCGAGUAACUCGGGGGGAAAUAGGUCUUGCUCCCCGAUAUCUGAAGCGACUUCAGACUACGGCUAUGCUCCGUUUGAUGCUGAUGGUGAUCAUGACUUCCGCACGGUUGACUCUUGCUCAGUGUCACCCAACCGCCCGUCGAAAGAGAAUCCAAGCCUCUCGAUUGAUCUUACUGACCGGAUGCACGUGUAUCCUCAUCUUCAUUUCUUUGUUGACGCUCUUCGGGCCCAGGAGACACGGUGUGGCCUAGAAAUCCUCAAAUCCCAAACCGCUACGUAUGAGCGCAUCUUCCAAACAUUCUUUUCUGCCGAGUGUCACUCUCACACCCUUGGAGAAAGGGCACAGUUCCUUCGAGGUUUAUUACCGCCUCUCAACACCAUCUUUGACGAGCGUUUUGCGCAUGGAGCUGCCAACUACCUACACCAGUGGAAGGCAUUUCUUUCUGAUAAGCCUGUUGAGCCUUUAUCUUUCCACAAAACCGAAGCCAGCCUGGAACACGGCCCAGUCCGCAUCGAACGGCGGUGGGACAUUGAUAGCAUUUGGUUUGGGCCUAAGAGCCUUCAGGCUGUUCGCAAACCCGGUAUUUUCCGUUUAUCAUUCAUGCCGCCGUUCAAGCGCAACCUGUCCACGGAUCAGGUAAUCCGGCCGCACGGUCUCGAUCUUGCCACUACUCGACAUAUUCUAUUUGGGUCAGUGAAUACAUCGGGGAUUCGCUUUGACGUAUAUCUAUUCUUUCCCGGGGCCUCCAAAACAUCUGCAUCUCGGAACGGAUUAUCUCUGGAUCGCCAAAAGGAUCUCUAUGACAGUAUAAUCAUUCCAGCGGCAUUUAGUAGCAUCUCUGAUCCUCUCCGUCAAGAGCUCCCUGGAUCUUUUGACAUUGCCUAUGCAAAGUCUCGUUCCUUUCAGGAGCGGCCCGAGACGGGUAGAUGGAGAGCAGGAGAUGAU